AUUUUGCCUUUGCAGGCGGCGAGUCCCAGCCCAAUAACAUGCAUGACUAAGCAUCGGGAGCGGAUGGGCCAACGGGAUGUCACCUGAUGAUGCGCCGGCAACAUCAUCGUUUGACACAUUCGAUCUUCCCACUUUCUCUCAGAGAACCCCCCGAUUGCAGUCUUCGCAGACAACCAGUCUUCAAAUCUACAAAUUUCUCACCAUGUCUUCAAUUGCUGCCAUGGCUUCCCGCCGGGCUUUCGCCCGUCAGUCUCUUUUCCGGGCUGCCCCGCGCCGAAACUACAGCUCCAAGCUUGAGGAGGCCACCCUCGACAAGGCCCCAAGCGCGACCCCGAGCUCUACGUAUGGAUCUCUUGCUGAGCUCCGCUCGACUGACUGGACUCCUCGCUAAAGGGUGUUAAAGCCCACCUCGGUCACCUCUGAGAGCAACGUUCGUAUCGGCGAGAGCUCCAUGCCUUGGGAGCGCGAUGACGACGGCAAGAUCUACAAGUACCAGUACCACCCUCACGGUGACAAGAGCCAGCCCCUCAGAAACG